GCGCGUGCGCUUUGGAGCGCGACGGCCGGGAGUGUGUUCUACGCGGGAUAGCUGGGUGAGCUGGUGUCGGCGCUUCGCUGGACUGCUGCAGCUCCACGUGCUCCUAGCGGCCGGUUGAGACCGUUAGCGGAGUCUACUGGGAGGGCAAGAGUACAAACCUGUCUCAAAGAAUAUUUAAUCAUUUAACCAAAAAUGGUAUUUUUUACAUGCAAUGCAUGUGGUGAAUCAGUGAAGAAAAUACAGGUGGAAAAGCACGUGUCUGUCUGCAGAAACUGUGAAUGUCUUUCUUGCAUUGACUGUGGGAAAGAUUUCUGGGGUGAUGACUACAAAAGCCAUGUGAAGUGCAUCAGUGAAGGUGAGAAGUAUGGAGGCAAAGGCUAUGAAGCCAAGACAUACAAAGGUGAUGCGAAACAGCAGGCGUGGAUUCAGAAAAUUAAUGAAUUAAUAAAGAAGCCCAACGUCAGCCCCAAGGUGCGAGAACUUUUACAGCAAAUUAGUGCUUUUGACAAUGUUCCCAGAAAAAAGGCAAAGUUUCAGAACUGGAUGAGGAACAGCCUGAAGGUGCACAGCGACUCUGUUCUGGAGCAGGUGUGGAGCAUCUUCUCUGAAGCAUCUAGCAGUGAGCAAGAUCAGCAGCUACCCAGCCACACAACCAAGCCACAUGCAGAGAUCCCCACUAAGGUUCCAUCUGCGAAAACAAAUGGCACCACAGAGGAGCAAACAGAGGCAAAGAAGAAUAAAAGAGAAAGGAAGGAGGAACGACAGAAGAACAGGAAGAAAGAGAAGAAAGAGCUAAAGUUAGAAAACCACCAGGAAAACCUGGGGGGCCAGAAGCCAAAGAAGCGCAAAAAGGGCCAGGAGGCUGGUGGGGAGGAAACCACCGAGGCCAAUGGCCCGUCAGAGAAGAAAGCCCGAGGUAGGCAGGCCUCAGAAGAGGGAACAGACAGAAAUGGAGUUUCCGAGGAGGAUGCUGAAGGGGUCCAGGCCAAGACAGCAGGAAAACGGAAGCGGCAAAAGCACUUGGAAGUUGAGUCCGAUAACAAGAAGAAAAAGAUGAAGUUGACAGGACAGCCUGAGGAGGGAGAGCCCAAGGACUAUGAGGCUCCAUCGAAAGGUAAAUUCAACUGGAAGGGUACCAUUAAAGCUGUUCUUAAACAGUCCCCAGACAACGAGAUAUCAAUCAAGAAGUUAAAGAAAAAGGUUAUAGCUCAGUACCACGCAGUGACAAGUGACCAUCAUAUGUCGGAGGAGGAGCUCCUAGCCAUCUUCAACAAGAAGAUCAGCAAGAAUCCCACCUUUAAGGUGCUGAAGGACAGAGUGAAGCUCCUGAAGUGAGCGCUCUGUUGCUUCGCACUCUUGUCUACUGACUGCUUCUUCUACUGUUUGUAAAAUGUGUAAUGAAUUAUAACAACCUGAACUUUUUGCUUUCUGAAACUGUGUUUUUAAGUUAAGGAAAAAAUAUAUUUUUAUUAAGACUUUUAUGAAAAAAUAAAUAUAUUCUUGUCGAAUUCUG